GAGGUUGGACACCUGAUCCAAUAGUUGCAACAUUCGAGAACUAAUUUUUUUUUUUAUAUAUUUCCAAUUUCAUUCCUGACCCAUAAUCUUUACAAAUGAAAAAGUCUAAUACACCAUUCCACUUUCAAUAAUAAUUCCUCACUUUUCCAACUUUUCCACCCCAAUCCCAACUUGGAAAAAUAAAUGUCUUUGUCAAAUUCAAACCUUUUUAUCACUUUUAAGGACAUAAUUCUAAUAGCAUUAAAUUUUCCAUCUUAAGGGUUUCAUACUUGAAACCAAACAGAGCUUAAGCUAAAGGGUUUUUUCUUUUUAUUUUUUAAAGAGAUUGGCAUGGAAGCCAUUAAAAGGCAAGCUAGCAAGUUUAGAGAGCAAGUAUCCAGGCAACAACAGGCUCUUUUAAGACAGUUAGGGCAUUUUGGUGACGAAGCAUUUGUGGUAGAUGAAGCGGAGAUUGCAUGCCGUGACCAACUUCAAAAGUUGUACACAUCUACAAGAGCUGCCAAGCAUUUUGAGAAGGAUAUAGUACAAGGUAUUGAAGGAAUUAUGUCAGUGACUUCAAAGCAAAUUGAAAUUGAGAGAAAAUUUGCUGAAGACUGUUCCAGAUACGAGACUGAAAAUCAUUGUAGUACUUCUCCUCUGGCAGAAACUGCGUUGCGUGUUGGUACUGCUCGCAAUUCAAUGGUAGAAGAGAAGGGGACUUUGCUUAGAGUUUUUAGUGAAAAGGUCUGUAAGCCAUUGCGAACACUAGUAAGAAGCGCUGAGCUUGAGGACGCUAGGCUUCUGAUUCGCCGAUAUAAUAAGUUAUGGCAGGAAGUGGAAGCUCAGGCAGCUGAUGUACUAAGACUGAAAUCAAAGUCCACUGAGGGAGCAAAAUCUGAGGAAAUUUUCAACAAGCUUCAUCUUGCAGAGGAAAAGUUGGAUGAGCUUAAAUAUAGAUUGAUGGCACUUGGAAAAGAAGCAACAUCUGCUAUGCUGUCAGUUGAGGCUCAACAGCAAAAGAUGACUUUCCAACACCUUGUUGUUAUGAUGAAAGCUGAAAGAUCUUAUCAUCUCAAUGUUCUUUCAUUGUUGGAGAAGUUGCUUGCCCAGAUGAUUCAACUUGAACAAUUGAGCCAGUCAUCAUUACCAGAAGGAAUUACUGAUUCCAAUGGAAGCAAGGAACAUUGCAUAGAAUAUGAAGACAGUGCAUGCUAUGUUGCAAAAGUUGUACACCCAUUUGAUGCUGAGGCUGAAGGGGAGUUGAGUCUGUUAGUCGAUGAUAUUGUCGUGGUGCAACAGGUGUCUUCCUCAGUUGAUGAACGUUUCAGUGACUUUUCUUUCAUACUUAUUACUGUAAAGAUCAUCGACUUGAUCUUUCUUCUUUUGUGGUGGUUCUGUUGCCUGUAUUCAGGUGAUUCCCGGUGGUUGGUGCAAAGGCGAAUGCAAUGGUAAGACAGGAUGCUUUCCUUCCCCUUAUGUACAAAGGUUAGCUGAAGUUUCAGAAGGCAAUGUAGCGUGGGCCAACCUGCAGCAGCUAUAGUUUUUCAGUUGUUACUUGAUUUUGUUGUAAAAUAAGUUGUAUAGCUUAUUGUACUUUAUUCAAUAUCUUUUGCGGUGUGCACACUAUUUAUAUAAAGGCGGAAUUGUACAAAUCAUGGGUGCUGAGUUCUGUAUAGUACGAGUCUGUGUUCCCAGAAACAACUUGAUGAUAUAUAAUAUAGCAAUGGUAUAAAAGGGCCGCUAUAUGUUUUAUUAAA